AGCGAGCGAGCAGCUGAGAGCGGGUUGCAGCAGUUCAGUCGGCGUUCGGCCGGGCCAGGGACGACUCCCGCAGCCCCGAGGCCCUUUGCGCGAGUGCACCGACGACGCAGAUGGACCUGACGCAACCCUCGACCUGAGCAUGGCCUUCCUCCCCCAAGGCUCGCGUCCCGAGUCGGGCGUGCCGGACAUGACGAUGCUGUCCGACAUCGACGAGGAGGGCAUCAACCAGAAUCUGCACGUGCGCUACGACCGCGACCAGAUCUACACGUACACGGGCACCAUCCUGGUCGCCGUCAACCCCUACAAGGAGCUCGACAUCUACUCCACGGAGAACGUGUUCAGGUACCAUGGCUCGAAGCUGGGCAGCCUGGAGCCGCACGUGUUCGCGCUGGCGCAGGCGGCGUACCACUCGCUGCAGGCGGCCGGCGUGGACGACCCCGACGACGAGGUCGCCGCCAACCAGAGCUGCGUCAUCUCGGGCGAGUCGGGCGCCGGCAAGACCGAGACCACCAAGUUCAUCCUGCAGUUCCUCUGCUCGGUCACCAGCAACGUCAGCACCUGGGUCGAGCAGCAGAUCCUCGAGGCCAACACCGUCCUCGAGGCCUUUGGCAACGCGAAGACGGUGCGCAACGACAACUCGAGCCGCUUCGGCAAGUUCAUGCAGGUGUGCUUCGACAGCCGGUGGAUGAUCAAGGGCUGCAUCAUCCAGGACUACCUGCUCGAGCAGAGCCGCAUCACCUCGCAGGGCCGCGACGAACGCAACUACCACGUCUUCUACCAGCUGGUCGCCGCCGCCAAGGCGAGCAAGGAGCUGGGGCAGCAGCUGCGCGUGUCGGCGUCCAGCUCGUUCGCCUACCUGAACGAGGCCGGACGGCUGGAGGGCGCGGAGGAGGUGCGGCGCUUCGACGCGCUGCGGCUCGCCUUCAACGUGCUGCAGAUCGCGAGCGAGAUGAGCGACGGCCUGUUCGCCGUGCUGGCCGCCCUCCUUUGGCUCGGCAACCUCGAGUUCGAGGACGUGGACGGCGAGCGGUGCGCGCUGGCCGCCGCCGACGCGCCCACCCUCGACACGGUGGCCGCCCUGCUCGGCCUCCAGCCGGAGCAACUCAAGGCCGUGCUGCUCCUCCGCCAGAUCAACGUCCGCGGCAACAUCACCGAGAUCCCGCUCAAGCUCCACGAGGCGCGCGAGAACAGGCACGCGAUGGCCAAGGCGCUGUACUCGCGGACGUUCGCGUGGCUGGUGAACCACAUCAACACGUGCACCAACCCUGGACAGGACUCGACGCGCUUCCUCGGCGUGCUCGACAUCUUCGGCUUCGAGAACUUUGUGUGCAACUCGUUUGAGCAGCUGUGCAUCAACUACACCAACGAGAAGCUGCACAAGUUUUUCAACCACUACGUCUUCGCGCUGGAGCAGGAGAUCUACCGGCAGGAGGAGAUCAACUUCGCGCACAUCCAGUUCACGGACAACACGAGCUGCCUCGAGCUGAUCGAGAAGCCGCCGCGCUGCAUCCUCAAGCUGCUCACCGAACAGUGCCACAUGCCCAAGGGCUCUGACGUGGCGUACCUGACGAAUUUGCACAGCGAGUUCGAAGCGCACCCGCACUUUGUGAAGGGCGACGACCGGCGCAAGUGGGAGACCGAGUUCGGGGUGCUGCACUACGCGGGCGCCGUGACCUACAGCGUGCACGGCUUCGUGGACAAGAACCGCGACGUGCAGCAGGACGUGCUGUUCGACCUGAUGAGCCGCGCCUCCAACGCCUUCACCGUCGAGCUGACCAACUUCCAGGACCUGCUCGGCGGCGGCGCCAGGGUCAGCAGGGCCAGCUUCGGCUCGGCCGCCGCCACCCUCGCGCGCCCUGGCACCGGAAAGGGCAAGCCCACCGUCAGCGACGCCUUCCGCCACCAGCUGCAGUCGCUCGUCGACGUCCUCCAGGCCACCAAUCCCUGGUACGUGCGGUGCAUCAAGCCGAACAUGGAGAAGGCGGAGGGCCGGUACGACGACCGGCUGGUGCUGGACCAGCUCAAGUACCUGGGCAUGCUGGAGAUCAUCAAGAUCCGCAAGGAGGGCUUCCCGGUGCACGUGCCGCUCAACGACUUCGUGCAGCGCUACGCGUGCCUCCUCACGCCGCGCCGCAACCCCCUCUGGCUGCAGCUGAACCCCCUCGAGGCCGUCAGUCUGAUCAUCGGCCCGCUGGACGUGCCGAGCAGCGAGUGGCAGGUCGGCAAGACGAAGCUCUUCCUGCGGCGCUGCGUGCACGAGCCGCUCGAGGAGCGCCGCUCGCAGGUGGUGCAGCACCAGGCGCUGGUCAUCCAGCGCUCGUGGAAGCGCUACAAGGCCGCCAAGGAGUACGCGAGGGUGCGGCAGGCGGCGCUGACCAUCCAGCACGGCUACCGCGGCUGGAAGCAGCGCAUCCUCUUCCUCAGACAGCGCCGCGCCGCCGUCGUCAUCCAGUCGCACCUCCGCGGCGUCUUCGCCAGGGAGGUGGCCAGCGCCCUCAGGGAAAUGCGACGCGUCGAGCAGGAGAUGCUCAAGCGCGAGCGGCUCGAGGAGGAGCGCCGCGCACUCGAGGCCGACGAGGCCAGACAACUGCAGGAGUCGCUCGAGGAAUCAGAACGUCGCAAGGACAAAGGGUUGGCGCAGGAGGAGAUCGCGCAGCUGUCGCAGCUGACCGAGCAGUUGAGCGGGAAGCUGGAGGCGGGCGGGCAGACGGACAGCGUCGACCUGGACAACCUGUUCGCCUUCCUGUCGGACGUGCAGGUGAAGAACUCGGUGAUCGACGAGAUCGGCGCGCAGAUGAGCGGCCUCUGCGACGACCUCGACCUCGAGCUGGAGACGGUGCUGCAGGAGGCGCUGCGCGGCGCCGCCCCGGCGCCGCCGCUGCCCACAGGGGCGCUGCCCAUGCCGCCGGACCUGCCGCGCCACUGGCACCCGUCGCUGCCCGAGCCGACGGAGCCGCCCCCGCCGCCCCCGGCCUGCGCGCCUACGGACCACCCGACGCCCGAGCCGCUGCCGCCGCCGCCGCCCCUGCUGCUCGACGACCCCGACGAGCCCAUCUACGAGGCCGUGCUUCCCCGCGACGCCGAGCCGCCGGCCCCGCCCCCCGGGCCCAUCCCGGGCCCGCCCUUGAAGCCGCUGCGGCCCAAGAGCCCGGCGGCGGCGCUCGAAAAGUUGCAGCAGCGCACCGCCAGCCCCCUGCAGCCCUCGCCGCGGCACAGCAGACCCAACUCGAGGGCCUCCAGCACCGGCGGCGGGAGCUGGCGCGGCGGCGCGGAGGAGGGCGAGCGGGACGCGCGUCGGCGCUUCCGCGUCGAGCGCAAGCUGCAGGAGAUGCAGCAGAGCGAGGAGAACGUGCUGGAGCAGCCGGACGUGCACCACGACAUGGUCGAGUUCGCGCACAACUACUUCAACAGCCACGAGCGCUCGCCCGAGGGCACCAUCAUGGCCACCCUCACGAGGAACAAGCGCGCCUCCGAAAUCAUGCCCAAGUACGAGAUGGUCACCUUCUACAAGGGCAACUCCAUCCCCACCUCGCACGUCCACAUGUACGACCCUGACAACGUCAGCAUCGCCUGCGCCAUCUUCAGGGAGCUGUGCCGAUAUUUGCGCGGCGAGCUGAAGGCCGAGGCGGAGGCGCAGGCGAUCCAGACGAUCGUGGCGCACGGGCUGGAGCGCGAGGAGCUGCGCGACGAGAUUUUCGUGCAGUGCAUGCGGCAGGCGACCAACAACCCGAGCGCCGAGGCCACCGAGCGCGUGUGGCUGCUGCUCUGCCUCGCCAUCGUUGCCUUCCAGCCCUCCAAGCUGCUCUUCAGGUACUUUGUGUGCUUCCUGCGCAAGAACAAGCGCCAGCUGGACGGCAAGCUGCGCCAGUACGUCGAGUGGUGCCUCGACAACUGCAAAAACAGCAAAGUCUCGCCGCGACAGUGCCCACCCUCCACCGUCGAGAUCGCGGCGAUGAAGCGGCUGGGCACGAUCGUGUGCCGCUUCUUCUUCCUGGACGGGCGGACCAAGGCGAUCGACGUGCACCCGACGGACACGGCGUGGGACGCCGGCCUCAAGCUGGCCGAGAAGCUGGGCCUGCGCAGCCUCGACGGCUGGGCCAUCUACCAGAGCCGGCCCGACGGCGAGGAGCACGUGCGCGCGCACGACUACCUUUACGAUGUGAUAGCCGCCUGGGAGCUGAAGCAGCACAAGCCGCACCAGGCCGCCGACAACAACAACAAGACGGUGUCGAGGCGCAACGCGCCCACGCUCGGCAACGGCGAAAAUCGGUUCGUCUUCAAGAAAAGACUCUUCAAGGCCGGACGCGAGUUGUCGCAGGACCCCGUCGAGAUCAGCCUUCUCUAUGCUCAAGCUGUCUAUAGCGUAGUAAAGUGCGACGACUUCCCGGUGAGCCAGAAGGUGGCGCUGCAGCUGUGCGGGCUGCAGGCGCAGGUUGCGCUGGGCAACCCGAAGCCGAACAAGCUCGACUACUACCAGGACGUGGACGCGUUCCUGCCGCUGCGCAUCAGCCGCACGCGGCCCGACGAACAGUGGGUGCCGAUCAUCGCGCAGGCGCACCAGCAGUACGGCACCGGACGCACCGAGCUCGCCGCCAAGGUGCUCUACCUGUCGUGCGUCAUGCAGUACCCGCUCUACGGCACCACCAUGUUCCCCGUCACCUACCGCGGAUACUGGUCUUACGGCAACAACCUGAUCCUGGGCGUCAACUGCGACGGCCUGCUGAUGAUCAAGCCGGACGACAAAUUCGUGCUGAACGAGUAUCGGUACGCGGACAUCGAGUCCAUCUUCCUGGACCCUAGCGACAGUUUCGUGACGAUCAACCUGAUGAAGCUGAUGCCAGAGAGCCACAACAAGUGCUUCGUGUUCGAGACGCCGCACAAAACCGAGAUCGGCUCGCUGGUGGCCAGCUACUGCCCGGUGCUCGCCGGCUGGAUCACAGAGUCCGAGGCGCCCGCGAGGAAGCUGAAGCCGGUGACGAACGAGGACCGCGUGCGGCUGUUCCAUAAUUUGGUCAACUGCCGCAAGUCGCUGGUCGACUCGGGCGUGCUGAAGAAGCCGCAGGACGCGGGCGGCGGCUUCAUUCGCAACACGCUGCGUCGGCUGAGCAAGCAGCGGCUGGAGAAGCUGCGCCACGAGUACGGCGGCGGCGGUGGCGGCGCCAACGACCCUGGCGAGACCUACCGCGGCUUCCCCUACGCCUUCUGGGCCUUCAGCAGCGCCCCCCUCCAGCACAGCCUCAGCAAGCUCAACGAGCAGGAGGAGCAGGUCGCCAAGCAGGUCUUCUCCACCAUGCUCACCUACGCAGGGCUGGGGAACCACGGCGACGUGGUGCGGCGCGUGGAGGAGGAGCACGUGAACCUGCUGCAGAGCAUCGUGGAGCGGUGCAUGCACAAGGAGAACCUGCUGAACGAGCUGUACCUGCAGCUGGUGAAGCAGACGACCGACCACCCCGACCCCAACUCGAGGGUGAAUCUGCGCCACUGGGCGCUGCUGUCGCUCGCUUGCUCGGUCGUGCUGCCGCACGACAAGGCGCUGCGCAAGUACCUGAUGGCCCACCUGAAGAAGUGCGCCUCCGACUACAUCACCGAGGAGGGCAAGUACGCCAGGUUCGCCGACAAGUGCCUUCACCGGACGCAGGGCACGCGGCGGCGGCAGUUCGCGCCGUCCAAGGAGGAGAUCAUGUGCACCAUCAACCGGCGGCCCAUCUACGCGCGCUUCCACUUCAUGGACGGGCAGUACCACGCCGUCGAGUUCCACCCGUCGGCCACCGCCGGCGCCGUGCUCGACGUGGUCAAGGCCAAAAUCGGCCUGCCCGACACCGCCAAAGGCUACGCGAUCUACGAGGUGCUGGGCAGCUGCGAGCGCAGUCUGGCGGCCGACGAGAAGCUGUCGGACGUCAUGUCCAAGUGGGAGCGCUACCGCACGGCCACCGCCAGCAACGGGCCGAACGCGCAGGCGCCGCCGCCGCGCCGCCAGACGCACUUUUUCCUCUUCAAGAAGCACCUGCUGCUGGACCAGUACAUGGACCUGAACGACCCUGUCGAGAAGGAGCUGCUCUACCAUCAGAUGCUGCACAGCCUCCGCACCGACCGCUUCCCCGUCUCGGACAAGGACGCGGUGAUGCUGACCGCGAUCCAGGCGCAGGUGGAGUUGGGCGACCUGCCGGAGGCGGCAGGCCCCGAGCCCGACGAGCCGCUCGAGUACGCCGAGGUGGCGGCGCACUGCCUGCCGCCGGCCAUGGCGCAGAACGUGCUCAACGACACCGUCGCCAUGCACCACCAGAGCCUGCGCGGCAUGACGGCCGCCGAGGCCAAGAAGGCCUUCCUCAACGUGGUGCACAGCUGGCCGCUGCACCGCGCCACCAUCUUUGACGUCAUGCAGUCGUUCACGUCGAACUGGCCGCGCGUGCUGUGGCUGGCCGUGGACCAGAAGGGGCUGCACCUGCUGGAGCACCGGUCGCGGCACGGCCUCUGCAGCUACAACUACGACUCCAUCCUGAGCUACAGCCCGGCGCUCAACUGCCUCAUGAUCAUCAUCACGGGCAACGAGCAGCACAAGAAGCACAGCAAGGUGUUGCUGACCACGUCGCAGGCGUUCCAGAUCGCCAGCCUCAUCCGCGAGUACACGGAGGUGCUGCAGUCGCCGCACGAGGUGCGUCGGCAGGCCAACGGCCCCAAGCGGGCCGGCACCGGCGGCCACGCGAACGCGGGCGGCCAGCAGCGGCCACUCAGCAUCCUGCUCAAGCCGGUGCCGACGCUGGCCGAGGAGGACGAGCCCCCUUGCUAGCCACCUUCCUCUUAUACAUACAUUUUAUGAUAUAUCUCAUAAUUUUCCCUUUGUUUUUUAUUUAUUUGUUGGUUCGUUUGUUUGUUAUUGACCAGCGCCGGCACACACGACUUACGGUUUUUAGUUAUUACUCGGCGGACCGGAUCGGACAGGCUCUCCUCGCAGCCAAAAUAUCUGUGAAACAUGGAAUGAAUCUCGAGCACAAGAAUAUACAACUCUGUACAGAAAUAAAACAUGAAAAACCAGA